UAGGAUUGAAGAGUGAGCUGAGUUAGUGAGUAGGUAGAGUAGAUAAGCCCAGACUGUAUAGUAUUAGUGUAAAGGAUGGCCGCCACCAUUGUAUCGUUCGCUUCAUCGAUUGCAUCAUCCCACUCUCACUCCCACUCUUUGUUUAUAAUUUCAAAGUUGCGACCUAAACUCUGGUUUGCAUCUACAACUCCAUCUUUAUCUUCCUCUUUCUCUACACCUUUGUGUUUCCGCGGAAGUAGACUCAUGGCGCACUCUCUCACUCGCUCCACUCUAGGUCUCACUCAACCUGCUAAUCUUGACCUUCCUCAGGUAUCAUUUGCGGUGAAAGACAUUGAUGCCGCAGAAUGGAAAGGAGACCUACUUGCAGUUGGAGUUACGGAGAAAGACAUGAGUAAGGAUGAAAAUUUGAAAUUCGAAAAUUCAAUCUUGAAGAGAUUAGAUUCGCAACUUGGUGGUUUGUUAGCUGAAGCCUCUACCGAGGAGGAUUUCUCCGGCAAAGUUGGUCAAUCAACUAUUCUAAGGCUUCCAGGUCUUGGAUCUAAGAGGAUUGGUUUAAUUGGGCUUGGUUCUCAGCCUCCUUCAUUGUUUGCGUACCGUACUCUUGGUGAAACUGUUGCUACUGCCGCUAAAACUGCUCAAGCUCGUGACAUUGCUGUGUUCCUUGCUUCUUCUACCGAUCUUUCAGAUGACUCUAAGUUACAUACAGUUUCAGCGAUUGCAUCUGGCACCAUUCUUGGACUGCAUGAAGAUAGUAGGUUUAAAUCAGAGUCAAAGAAACCACUCAUCACAUCGUUGGAUAUUAUUGGUCUUGGAACUAGCAUUGAUCUACAGAAAAAACUCAAAUCCGCUCAAGAUAUUUGUUCUGGAGUUAUUUUUGGAAGAGAGUUGGUCAAUGCACCUGCUAAUGUACUUACCCCGGAAGUACUUGCCGAAGAGGCUUCCAAGCUUGCUUCAAUGUAUAGUGACGUUCUAUCAGCAAAAAUUCUUAGUGUCAAGGAGUGCGAAGAACUGAAAAUGGGGUCCUACCUUGGGGUUGCUGCGGCUUCUGCAAAUCUCCCUCACUUUAUCCAUCUGUGUUACAAACCUCUUAGUGGACCUGUAACAGCCAAAUUAGGGCUUGUUGGUAAAGGACUCACUUUUGACAGCGGAGGCUACAACAUUAAAACUGGACCUGGCUGUUCAAUUGAGCUAAUGAAGUUUGAUAUGGGUGGUUCUGCGGCAGUUUUAGGUUCAGCAAAAGCUAUUGCUCAAAUUAAACCUGCUGGAGUUGAGGUUCAUUUUAUUGUGGCUGCCUGUGAAAACAUGAUCAGUGGCACUGGUAUGCGGCCUGGAGAUAUUCUCACAGCUUCGAAUGGAAAGACUAUAGAGGUUAACAAUACAGAUGCAGAAGGUAGGCUUACUCUUGCAGAUGCUUUGGUGUAUGCAUGCAAUCAAGGUGUAGAUAAGAUAAUUGAUCUUGCUACGUUAACUGGUGCCUGUAUUGUAGCUUUGGGGCCUUCAAUAGCAGGUGUCUUUACACCCAAUGAUUCACUUGCAAAAGAGGUGUUUGCUGCAUCAGAGGCUACAGGGGAGAAAUUUUGGAGAAUGCCUUUGGAAGAUAGCUAUUGGGAGUCCAUGAAAUCAGGAGUUGCAGACAUGGUCAAUACAGGGGGUCGUCAAGGAGGGGCUAUUACUGCAGCGUUGUUUUUGAAACAGUUUGUGGACGAGAAAGUUCAGUGGAUGCAUAUAGAUAUGGCUGGUCCAGUUUGGAAUGAAAAGAAACGUUCAGCAACAGGAUUUGGUGUAUCCACGUUGGUGGAGUGGGUUCUUAAAAACUCAUCAUAGCUGCCCAAUCUGAUUUUACAAAGAAAGUUUGGAAUGCAAAGAAACGUUGAGGAUGUUUGGGAAUAAUUCAAAAGUUUCUUUGAGACAAUACUUUGAACAGACCGAGAGGUGUAGCUGGUUGAAGGACAUUACCAUUUUACGAUGAUCUUCUGUUUCUUCAUAUCAUAAUUUGUGGACUGGAUAUGUUUAAUUCGAGUUACUCUUAUAUGGAUUCUACUGCGGUUGUUCGAUAGCGAUAAUUGUUAGUACUAUUUGAAAGAUAAAUGGCAUUAUAAAGUUCUUUUUAAUCAUUUGUUAAAAACAGUUUUGAAGUUUGAGGCUAUUAGAAAUUAUAGCUGAAAAGUUUUUAUUUUAA